AUGGACUCUUCAAGUUCACGAUUGGAUAAUGAGAGUGAAUUUGAUGAUGAUCUAACCCAUCAAGAUGACCGUCAAAAUGAUAUAGGUGAAAAAUUUGAAGAGUCGAAGGAUUUAAUGACAUUUAUUUCAGAUGAAGAGUUGAAUGAUGAGGAAGAAAAUGUGGUACUACCUGUGGUGUUAAAGGAUGAUGAGAAAGUUGAAGAAUUGAAAGAAUCAAUGACAUUUAGUUCAUUAGACGAAGUCUGCUCUUAUUAUAGGAAGUAUGCUAAGCAAGCUGGGUUUGGUAUAGCGCAGAGAAGCUCGAGAAAAAAGAAGGGUAGAAAAGGUUACUUAAUGCUUAUAUGUACUCGUGGAGGUGCAGAGCGACCUAAAACAAGUGAUUGUGCGAAGCCAAUUCCAGUUUCAAAUAAAACAGGGUGUGGUGCCAGGAUUUGUGCAAAUUUAUGUGAUGAUGGAACGUGGUUUUUGAUUGUUGAAAGUGGGGGGUUUGAGAAUCUUUCCUUUGGAGAGAGAGAUUGUCGGAAUUAUAUUAACAAGGCAAGAGAACUCAAUCUUGGUAAAGGUGGUGCUCAAGCACUUUGUGAUUACUUCAGAAGAAUGCAAAAGCAGAAUAGUGGCUUCUACUACGUAAUAGAUAUGGACGAUGAUUGUAGGUUACAAAAUGUUUUUUGGGCUGAUGCACGGAGUAGGGCAGCGUAUGAUUUCUUUGGAGAUGUUAUUACGUCUGACACAACGUAUUUGACCAAUAAAUAUGACAUGCCAUUUGCUCCUUUUGUAGGAGUGAAUCAUCAUGGUCAAUCUAUACUUUUGGGGGCAGGACUAAUUUCAAGAGAGGAUACAGACACAUUUGUGUGGUUGUUUAAAUGUUGGUUGGAGUGCAUGAAUGGCCAAGCCCCUAAAGCAAUUAUGACAGACCAGGAUAGAGCUAUGAAAAAUGGUGCCAUAAAUAAAUGUUUGUAUGACUCUCAAACAUGUGAAGAAUAUGAGGAAAAUUGGAAAGAUCUUCUGGAGAAGUAUAAUCUUCAUGAUAAUGCAUGGUUGAAUGAGUUAUAUAUGGAUAAGACAUUUUGGGUGCCGGCAUAUAUGAAAGAUACGUUUUGGGCGAGAAUGAGUACUACACAGCGAAGUGAAAGUAUGAAUGCAUUUUUUGAUGGUUACGUGCACUCACGAACCACAUUGAAAGAAUUUGUUGAUGAAUAUGAUAACGCUUUAAGGAGAAUGGUCGAGAGUGAGGCACGUGCUGAUUUCGAUUCUUUCAAUCACACAAUCCCAUGUAUAAGCACCUUGCAAUUAGAGAAACAGUUUCAAGUUGUUUACACAAAUGCGAAGUUCAAAGAAGUACAUGAGCGGUUUGUGAAAAUGAUGUCUUGUAAUAACUCUCUUCUCAAAAGUGAAGGUGCGAUUUCUACCUUUGAAGUUGUUGAAUAUGUUGCCAUUGGAGAUCACUUAAUAGAAAAGACAUUUCUUGUUUACUUCAAUGAAGAUGAAUUGGAAGUGAAGUGCACAUGUGCAUUGUUUGAAGUAAGAGGCAUCUUAUGUAAGCAUUCACUUUCCGUGUUACGGACAAAGAAAAUGACAACUUUGCCACAAAGAUAUAUUUUUGACAGAUGGAGGAAAGAUAAUAAGCGAGAGUACUCGAAAGUUAAGAGUAGUUAUGAUGCCAUUGGUGAUAAUCCACAUGCCCAAAUACAUGACAAAUACAUGACAAAGGCGUCUCCCUUCCUCAAUGUCUCUUAUAUGAUCCUCCAAUCUCUUCUCAUAAGAAGUCAUUUGGUUAUCCGCCCACUUAAAAAAGUCACAAUCUCCAGCUUUCUGCGUGAAAACAUAAGAAUAAAUGUCAUAAACUACUAA